GAUCUGGCCCAUGAGGGGAUUUUAUCUGGCCUGUGCCAGGUCUCUGCCCCACCUGGCCUAGGCACGGGGGUGCAACUUGGGCUGUGGCGCAUGCACCUGGUCCUGCUGCCCCGGUACAGUGGCCAAACUCAAGCUUCCCUUUGGUGGCAGCUCCUUCCUGCUGCUGCUGCUGGUGUUGCUGCCACCACUGGACAUUUAUAAUUUAAAUGAUAAAAAUAUAUAUUAUAAUGAUAAAUGUACAUUAUAAUUCCAUGUGCACGUGUGCACACCCCCACUCCCAAAUGUCCCUUAUGGCAGUCUGCAACCACGUUCAUCCUGUCUCGUCAGCCAGAGAGACGAUCGCCAUUCUCUAACUACCCUGCCAAUAUUAUAGCCCUGUUUUAAGUGCAUACCAUCACACAUAUAUAUAACUUCUUAAUAUCUGCUUUGGCAUUUUAUUCUCCUUUAAAAAAGAAAUUCUGGUUUGGCUGGUGUGUGAUGAUAGUGAUGCUGUCCUGGGAUAACAAUACGGGGACGACUGAAAUGAUUUAAACUUCCCCUGGUCCUCAACCGACCUGAGCAGCCCUACUGUACCGCUACUCCCCUCGGUGAGGGUGUGAGAGCGGUGUCCGACCGAAACCCCAAGAGCGGUGCUGCCUGAUUCAUUGCUAAUGUGGACCUUUUUACAUUUUUUUUAAUAACACUGCAGUAACUGAUGCAGUUGCUGGCAAAAUGGGUGGUAAGGCCCAAGUGGGGGAUUUCAAAAGUAAAUGUUUUAAGCUGAAGGCUCUGAUUUUGGCCAUUUUUCUUCACAAAAAUGCCCCUUUCAAAACGGCUGCCUCCUGAGAGCAAAGCGGAAGCCGCAGGCAGCCCUCGGCUACCAUUUCCCAAACAGCCCACGAGGGAGAAAGGUUGCCCUGAAGAGAAAAGGACAGCGCGCCCGCCUGUUUUUCCCAGAGGGAAAGAAGCCAUGCUGCCUCGGGGAGUCCUCUCGGCACCUCUCCUUACAACAUGCCCGGAGAAGAGGGUGGGGGGGAUGGCAGGCAUCUGAGGGGUGGGAGGCUACAGGCAAGGGGAGCAGUGUCGGGGUGCAGGUGCAGGAGCCAGAGCCUUGUCUGGGAGGGUGCAGACUUGGCGAGAGGGGACUUAGUGCCAUGGUAUGUGAUGGCUAGGAAGGGGUCCCUGAAGGAAACAAAUAUGGGACAUGGGAAAACUGGAGCACAUGUUGGAUGCACAGAAACACAUGUUGAGAACUCAACCGGCAUCCUGCCUUUCCUAGUCUUUAUACCUCCGUAGCAAGGCACAGAUAACACAGAACUCCUACAGUUUGAGCAAAAGUAGCCCUAAAAUUAAGACCGAGUAUUAUUAGUGAGACCACAGAAGCCCAAAUUGUUCCAGCCUUGGUCUGAAACAGAGAAGUUAAACCAGUAGGCCCAGAGAAGUGAAGGCGGUCUCAAUUUACAGUACUCAGAGCUGAAUUUGAAGUGCAGAAGCUCAGGCUGGCCUUUUGGUUAAAGGUGGGGGUGGGUGGUUGCAAGACAGUACUUCGGAGUAAGAAGUAGUGGAGAGGGAGACAUGCCUCUGUGAGCUGGUCCAACACCUGGGCAAGUCUCAACUACGUUUUGAUCUGUCAACGGAUACGUAGAACAGGGCAAUUUGAGGAGUGACAGUCUGUGCGGGGAAGUGCUGAAGUGUGGGAUAUUUGGCAAAGGGAUUACUCGCUGGGAACAAAGAAGGAUGCAUAAAGAAAUUCAACUGAUUGGCAAGUGCUGGAUAAAGAGCUCUUGCCAGGCAGUAACACGUCAGGAAGAGUCCUCGCCCCAGAGAGAUCAGCUGCUCAAGGUUUAGCUGGGUCCAAAGAAUGAAACAGCUGCGAGGAGAGAUUUUGGUCACAGGGUGCGCGAAGCAUUUAUUGAGCCUGUACUUGACACGCGUCUGAAUAAUGUCUUUGUAUUCCUUCAUUCCUAAGGAUUAUGCUGGAUCUGGAGCAGCAUCUUUAAAGGGUCCUGACGAUAGUUGCUCAGAGGAGCCUAUGCUGACGGUGUUAACUGGUCCUGCUCAAUGUCUUAAUAUUUGAAAGACUAGCUUCCUGCCAUCACGCCUCCCACCUGAACUCUCCAAGUAUUAUGCCCAUUUUAUAAAUGGGGAAAUGAAGCACAGUGACAUUAAAAGCAAACUCCUAGCCCUAGAUCGCAAAAGAGCAGCGAGGAGGAGGAUGCUACGUAUAGGAGAGUGUAGGGAUGCUUUAUUGUAUCUUCCUCUUUUUUUCUUCCAUUUUCCCUUCAGUUGAUGAAAUUCCAUUAAUGAGAUGCUAAUGCACCGUUUAUGUGCGGAGAGACUGUGAAUACUGGAUAUGCAGUAGCCUUGAACAGGAUUUUCAGGAUGGUGCCCGGCUAAUUCUUCGUAAAAAUGCUAAAAGCAUACCAGAAAGUUGCCAUGGCUAUUCUAUUUUGAUUUUUUUUUUUUUUUAAAUAAUCUUUGCUGGAAAUCAUUUGACCUUUACAUAUCUUCUUGUAUAUCUGGGUUAUCCUGUUGUUGGCUAUUUUUUAAAAAAGAUUAAAGGAACUUGAUUAGGAAAGAGGAUGUUUUAGUUUGGUAAUGGCAAUGUGUCAAAAUUCUGGUAUCGCCACCUUAUGUAUUUUUUCCUUUGAAGUCCUUUUUGGAGACCUGUGUGGGUCACGUUUAACUUGUUCUUUGUAUUAAAAAACUUUAAUUUUCUUUUCCAGUUUUAUCAAUCACAUUAUUUUGGACCAGUAUUACAUUGUAAAUAUUUUACAUUAGUGUACAUAAAUGAUUUUACUAAAUUUAAAAGAUUUCUGGCUUCUGUGUUUCGUAAAUGGGAAGUCACAUGGUUUUUUAUAAAAAUCAGCUAAAAUAAACCAUGCAGAAUAACACAAACAUAGAAUAUGUUUGUACUCGCAGCAUCUCAGGGGUGCUACGAGUCUUUAUUCUUUGUAAAGUGCUUUGAGUAGCUCACAGGAAAAGGACUGUAUUUAAAGGUAAGCUACAAAACUAGGCCAGACAAAGCACCUACAAAAAUACAGUAGGUAUCAAUCUUGCACUGGUAACGGUGGGCAAAUAAAAUGAAACCUCUCUUCUUGAAUUACUAUGGGACCUACUAGUAGGUGCCAGUAGCAUGCACUUAGUAAAAUACAUUUAGUCCCAUUCCUUGAGAGUAUCUUACGUGAUUUAGCUGUUAACUGAUAAAAUUGGGGAGGGCAAAGACUAUGUCUGUACUCCAGUAGCUACGGACACACGUAACUGUAAUAAAUCUCACCUCUCUUUUCACACCCGGUAACUCACCCUAUAAAGGAAUCCUUGGAAACCAUUAAUUCUUAUCUCCUUUUCCCUUUAAUAUACAGAUGCAAAAAUAUCCUUGUUGUUAAACAAAACCAGGGAGGAAAGGGCAGCACUGCAUGAUUCGGAGUACCCCUAGCUGAGAGUUUGGGACCAGAACAGUGUUUCUGGUGAGAACCUAUGGAAAUGUUGCAAUGCAACAUUUCCAAUAGAGCUUUGUCCGAGUUUUUGAUCCACUCCGGCUGUUAUCCCACUCUCUGAUGUUUCUCCUUGCCCCUUGGGUUAAUAAACUCAUAAAAUGUAGACUAUAACACAAGGAAAUAUAUCAGCUCGAUAUUGCCAGAGCCCUAGUCGAACACAGCCAGAGGAGGGGAUGACGUCGAUCGUCCAAAGCUGUACUCUGCCCGAUCUCGUUCAGAUACAGAAGAACCCAAAUGACCAAACCUCACCUCAAAACAAACUGCUUUCGUGCCCAGGUCCCACUAAUCGAGUGUGGCCCAACGGGUGUGUCAGAUCCUACGCGAAUGCCUCUUGGCUGGUGGAGGGAAUACAUUUUAAGGAAAGAAAUUUCUGUUUACAAUUAACAAAAAAAAAAAAAAAAAAGGCAACGUCCAAUAAAAUAGUUAAUGAGGAGGCCCGAAGAGCCGUCCGUGCUUCGGCCCAGCGCCCCGCGCCCGUCUCCGGCCGUGGAAUGUUCACGUUCAAAGCGGCACAAACGGAAACGGGCGCCCGUUGCGCCAUUCCACGCCAGGACUGCAACGGGACCCUCCGAAACCAGCUUUUUCCUCCCCUUGUUUUACAGCACCGCAUUUCCUUUCGUUUUGCUGAGGCUUGUUGGAUUUUCUAUGCUAUGUUGGGAGGCAGUGCCCAUGGAUCAGAUCCAGAGGCCAGUAGGACUUAUGCGGCCGUGGCUCAGAGCAGGGGGUGGAGCGCAGGAGACCGGGGUGCUCCUUGGAUUGGGAGUCCCUAUUAUGCUCCUGGGGCUGCUUCUUCCCAGCACAGACUGUGGCCCGCAUCCGCCUCCAGGAUUUGCUUCCUAUGAAGUAAUUGUUCCAAGGAAGUUUGUAUCAAAGGAAGGAAAUGCUGCCAAGGAUGAAAUGUCCUAUGUCAUCAAGGUGGAAGGGAGGAAUCAAAUUGUUCACCUGAAGCAGAAAAAAAGAUUUAUAGUAAAAAAUUUACCAGUCUACACUUAUGACCCCCAGGGGAGGCUGCUGGUAGAUCACCCCUCCAUUCCAGAGGAUUGCUACUAUCAUGGGUACGUAGAAGAUAGCCCAGAGUCUCUUGUUGUCCUCAGCACCUGCUCAGGACUGAGAGGUUUGCUCCGGAUUGGGAGCUUACAGUAUGGCAUUGAACCUGUGGAGAGUUCCUUGAUAUUCCAGCACCACCUCUAUCGAAUAGGGGAGGCCGGUCCUGAGCCCGCAGCGUGUGAACUAACAGAUGGAGAGAGAGAAAAGCAAACUGCUGAAGUGAUGGAGGCUAGGAAGCAUGCAUCAAAGAAACCUUUUGUAUGGGGGCAGACUAAAUACCUAGAGUUUCUAGUAGUGGUAGACAAACAACGCUACGACUAUGCUGACAAAAAUAUGACUAACGUGGUACUGUCAGUGAUUGAAGUAGUGAAUUUGGCGGAUGAAUUUUUUUCUUCCCUUCGUCUUCGCAUUCUGCUGACCGCGUUAGAGGUUUGGACAGACGACAAUCCAAUCAAAAUAACAAAGAACGUAGCUGAAGUUCUGCAUAAUUUCAACAUUUGGAGAAAAGCUCAGCUACUCGCACGUGUGCCACAUGAUGUUGGACACCUGUUUUCAUUUAACGAUUUUGGAAAAGACCAGCAGGACAAAUUGACCGCAAAAUCCUAUCAUUACAGUGCCUGUGACCGGUCACGUGCAUCAGCUGUGGUAUCAUUCAUCAACAGUCCUGUGAAAAACUUUGCUUUGCUUGUUGCUCAUUUGCUGGGACACCAGGUUGGUAUGGUGCAUGAUGAACAAGCAUGUGCAUGUGGCAAUUCAUCUUUCUGCAUCAUGGACCCAGCUCGUAGGGAAGUCUAUCAAUUCAGUAACUGCAGCGAGAGAUACUAUCUUAACUUCAUGCGUCAAGGCAAGGGAAACUGUCUGAAUAACCUCCCAGAGACUGGGGUAUUUUUUCUAAUGCAGCGCUGUGGUAACCAAAUUGUAGAAGAAGAAGAAGAAUGUGAUUGUGGCUCUGAGAAGCAGUGUAGAAAGGACCCCUGUUGUGAUCACACUUGCAAAAAAAAAGAAGGGGCUACUUGUAAUGUUGGAAAAUGCUGUAAAAAUUGCCAGCUUCUUGUAGAAGGGACAAAAUGUAGAGACACUGUAGGCGAGUGUGACCUGCCAGAGUUUUGCAACGGGACUUCUCCAUAUUGUCCGGAGGAUACGCACAUACAAGAUGGGACUGUAUGCAGUGGUGAUGGCUACUGUUUUUACGGGAAAUGCAGUAGUCACAAUAUACAAUGUGAAAAACUCUUUGGCAAGCCAGCAAAAGCUGCUCCAAUAAGCUGCUUCAGAGAAGUGAACAUGAAAGGGGAUCGGUUUGGCAACUGCUGGGAUGGUGGGGAAAAUGAGACAUUUGAGAAAUGUAAACCAGAAAAUGUAUUGUGUGGGAGGUUACAAUGUGUGGAUGUUAAAACGCUACCUUGGUUGGAGGAACACGUGACCAUCAUUCAGACACUUGUUAGCAAUAUCUGGUGUUGGGGCACAGACUAUUACUCGCUGGCAGAGUCAACUGAUUAUGGAUUAACAGAAGAUGGUGCAACAUGUGCUGCAGACAAGAUAUGUUAUAAUCAAACAUGUUUCAAUCAUUCAGUAUUGCUGCAAUUAUCGUGUUCACCUUCUUCAACGUGCCAUGGAAGAGGGGUCUGCAACAAUAAUGGGAACUGUCACUGCAAGGAUGGCUGGGCCCCUCCAUUAUGCCAGUUUCCUGGCUUUGGAGGAAGCCGUGACAGUGGGCCUCCACCAGUUUCCAAAAUAGGAAUUCUCAAUUUGAUUAUGCUUAUUAUAGGAAUAGUCCUUGGUGCUAUUGCUAUAAUUGUUAUCCUUGCCGUUCUAAUAUUUAGACGUGCUGCUGUAACGCAAGCAGUUAGUAGAACAGUUCAAAACAUUCGGUCUAGAACUCUGUCUCCCCCGAGUGAUGAUAGGAGCCCGCAGAAAGACGACACAGUUUAGCUUCACGAAGAAAAUACAGAACGGAAAGUCCACUUUUUAGGGGGUCUCUGAGCAGUUGUGGAAAAGACAAGGCAUUCUUAAAAAAGAACUGACAGUUUCAGAUAGUUUAGGGGUUCACAUAAAGUUACUUUCUAAACGCAUACAAUCAAUUUUAUAAUUUUUAAAAGGAGGUGCAAAAAAGUAUGACUCCUGUUGUCACACAAUUUCUUUUUUUUUUUUUAGUCACUUGUAGCAUGACAACAGGCAAGGAUUUCUGUUUCCUCAGCCUCACAAGUGCAGCACAUAGGCAAUAUCUGUUUCCACCCUUUUAGAGAUAUAAGCAGUAAUAGCAACUCGAUAAUUCCCCUUGUCGUUGCUCUGAUUACUGCUGACAGCAUUUAAGAAGGGUAUCAGACCAUUAGUGCUUAAUACAGGUAUAAGGUGGGGCCAAAAGAGAAGUCCUCCUCCUGAACAGGAUGCAAAGAGACAGUUGAAACAAGGCAAAAUUAGUUCACAAAAGUGAAAGAAGUGGAAGGACCAUCAUUUGGGGUUACCUGGUAUUGCUUUGCCAUGGCCUGGCAGUUCCUACUAGAGCAUCUGUGGAUCUAGAUUACUAGAUCCCGAGGGUUCCCAUGAAAUUGUUUUAUUACCCAAAACUCCAGUGUUAUAUUUCUAUUUUUAAAUAAUAUUUAAAUAAGUUUACUUUGCAUAGGAAGAAAGAGAUGUUGGCAAAUAAACAACAUGAAAGUUA